AUGGGUCUCGUGUCUGACGUUCAUGACCUCGCUUAUGAGCAUGCUGCUCCAUACUUGGCUGCUAUCGCUGCCAUGCCUUUAUACAAAUCUGUGCCUUUAUUAUGGUUUGGUACUAUGGCUGUGGUUGUUCUGUUGAACGCCGCUAGACAGGUGUUGUUUAGACACCCUAACAGGGUUCCUGUGGUGUUCUACUGGUUCCCUUGGGUGGGUUCUGCCGUCACUUAUGGUCAACGUCCCUACGAGUUUUUCCGGGAAAACCAGAAAAAGUAUGGUGACCACUUUUCGUUUGUUCUCUGUGGUCGUGUUAUGACUGUGUGUUUGGGUCCUAAGGGUAACGACUUUGUUUUUAAUGGCAAGCUUGCUGAUGUUUCUGCUGAAGAGGCUUAUAAGCAUCUUACUACUCCAGUUUUCGGCGAGGGUGUUGUGUAUGACUGCCCUAAUGAACGUCUUAUGGAACAAAAGAAGUUUGCCAAGGGAGCUUUGACUCGUGACGCUUUCAGAUCCUAUGUUCCUAAGAUUGUUGGCGAGGUCAUGCAAUAUAUCAAUAACAACCCCCGUUUCCUUACUCCUGACCACUCUAUCGAACUUACCAAGACCAAUCCUGAAUUGACUAUUUACACUGCCAGUCGUACUUUACUCGGAGACGAAGUCCGUGCUAAGUUCGACAAACGUACUGCUGAAUUGUACUCUGACCUCGACAAGGGUUUCAAGCCUCUUAAUUUCGUGUUUCCCAACCUUCCUCUGCCAUAUUACAAGGCCCGUGACCGUGCUCAGCAACAAAUUGCCGGCCAAUAUCUCGAGGUUAUCAACCGUAGACGUAGAGACAAUGAUAUCCAGGACCGUGAUUUGAUUGACGCUAUUAUGAAGACCAGCACUUAUAAGGACGGUGUUAAGAUGACUGACCAGGAAAUUGCUAACUUGUGUAUCGGUAUUUUGAUGGGUGGACAACACACCAGUGCUUCUACCAGUGCAUGGGCUAUGCUUCAUUUGGGUCACAAGACAGAGCUUAUUGACAAGCUCUACGAAGAGCAAGUCAAGGUCAGUGGUGUUGGUCCUGAUGGCAAAUUAAACCCUCUUACCUACGACGAUUUGCAGAAAAUGCCCAUUGUCAAUGCUGUUAUCAAGGAGACUCUUCGUAUCCAUUCUCCUCUGCACUCUAUCUUCCGUAAGGUCAUGCGUCCCAUGGCCGUUCCCGGUACCAACUACAUUGUUCCUCCUGGACACUAUGUCAUGGUUUCGCCCGGAUACACCCAUCUCGACGAGCAGUAUUUCAAAAACUCGGAAGAGUUCGACCCCUUCAGGUGGCUCGAGCCCACUGCUGUCAAGGCCGAUAAAGAUAAGGAAUCCGAACAGACUGUCGACUACGGUUUCGGAGCCGUUAGCAAAGGUGCUGGCUCCCCAUACCUCCCCUUUGGCGGUGGCCGUCACAGAUGCAUUGGCGAGCAAUUCGCCUUUGUCCAACUCGGAACCAUCCUGUCCACCUUCGUUCGUGAGCUCAAAUGGACCCUCCCUGCCGGCCAAUCUCUGCCUGAAGUUGACUACGAGAGCAUGGUCACCCUCCCCAAACACCCCGCUAAAAUCGUUUACGCCAGACGUUAA